GGGAAGUGUAGAAACAGUGACCGAUGCUUUUGUUUUUAUUAAUAAUAAUAUUGGUUGAUACACGUUACAUUCAUAAACCAGUUUUAUAGUCUGCUACAGUUUCUGUGCAAUGAUUACUUGAUUGUCAAUGACGGGUUUUGUUGACAAAGCUAAUGAAACUACACAAUUCAUUGAGUAGCAAAACAGACGGGGAAGAAGAAGAAAAAAGAAGAGGUAUAAAAAUAAAAAAAUAAAAAUGCCUGUCGCUCAGUCCAGAUUGGAAAUAUUGCAAGUGUGCAAGCUUAUGCAAUGUGUCCGAGAGAAGGACCAACAACAGAUUCAGAAGAUGAUCGCUAAUGGCAUCCCUCACUUGAUCAACUACAACGACCAGAACGAUGGCACGACGGCGCUGAGCGUUGCCGCCUGCAUCAACGACGACGAAAUGAUCGAGUUUCUUCUCGACAUGGGGGCUCACCCAGAUGUGAUGGAUUUCAAGGGAAGGACAGCUGCCAUGAGGGCCGCGGAAUAUGGUCAUGUGCACUGUUUAGAAAAAUUAACAAAAGCUGGAGCCAAUAUGAAGCUUUUUGACUUGGAAGGCAAAGGUAUAAUCUUCUACUGUAUAACACCCACCCAGCGCCAUGCCAGGUGUCUGGAGAUGGCAGUGAACAAUGGAGCGGAAGUGAACAAUGUCUCCAAAGAUGGGUGGCCGGUGUUUCUCAUCGCCUGUGAAAGUGCUGUGGAGAACAAGAGCAUGUGUCUCCUGCUGCUGGAGAAAGGAGCCGACCCCAAUUUAAAACAUGAAAAAACAUCACGUACUUCUUUAAUGGCUGCUGCUGAGAGUGGUGGUGUGGAUGUUGCCAAGGCGAUCCUUGAGGCUGGGGCUAACGUCAAUGCUCUGGAUUCACGGAAAAACCAUGCAGCACACUAUGCAGCAAAGGGAGGUCACUUUGAGGUACUUGUCAUGAUGGCAGGAUAUGGAGCAGACUUUAACCAGACCAACGCAGAGGGAAACACCCCCAUUCAUUUGGCAGCCAUGAAUGGAAGUGGACCUUGCUGCAAAUAUCUUUCACAAAGAGGUUGCAAUCCAAAACCUAAGAAUAAUGACGGAAAUCCAGCCAAAAAUAUAGCAAAAGAUGCUGGCAACAAAGAAGCUGCUAAAGAGUGUAGAAAAGCUGAGAAAUCAUUUGCUAAAGUUUUAAAAAACGGUGAACCUUGGGUCAUACACCUGUAUGACUGGUCAUGGGCACGCAAGAACAAAUUACUGGAAUUGUUUAAGAAAUAUGACCCUGAUGAAACUGGAACUAUUCCCAAGGAUGACUUCCUGGAAACCAUGAUGGACAUGAAGGCUCCUGCAGACCAGGGAGAUCUGGCCAAAGUCAUCGUUCUCUACGACAAAAACAAAGAAGGCAAGAUAGAUUACAAUGACUAUUUCAAUGGAAAGAAAUAUGUGAACAAAAAUUUUCUUUUAAGUGCAUUUGAAGGGAAAAAGAAGAAGAAGAAAGGUGGCAAAAAGGGCAAAAAGAAGGGCAAGUUCAAGCUGGUGAUGCCGAUAUGUAUACAAGACGAAGGUCCUCGGACCUAUGGAGGUGGUCCUCCUGCCAUGUACAUUCCUCAGAAUAUCCACUUCACAGACACGCGGCGGUUUGACCGAGACGCUCCGCCGAAACAUCCUCUCCAGGACGACUCAGCCUGGUAUUUACAGCAGCCAGACAAGACGUAUGUGAACAUCAACGAGGCGGCUAAGAUGGGAGAUUUCGACUCCCUGAAGAGCGCAUUUUCUAAAGGUGUGUGUGUGGACACGCGAGAUAAGUUCUACAAAACUCCACUGAUGGUGGCCUGUGCUACUGGGCAUAUCAACAUGGCAAAAUUCCUGGUAGAUAAUGGAGCUCAGAUAAAUGCACGAGACAACUUCAAGUGGACACCUCUGCACCAUGCCUGUCAUGCAGGAAUGCUUGAUAUUGUGGAAAUGCUUCUCAACUUUGGUGCCGAGAUUGAUUCCUCGGCACUGGGAGGUGGAACCCCUCUGAACCGAGCCAUUGAGAGUUCACGCGAGUCUGUCGUACAGUACCUCAUUAACAGGGGAGCAAGACUACAAACUGAAAACAAGAAAGGACAAAAUCCUAUGGACCUCGCACAAGCUUGGGCUGACCCCCGGUGCAUGGAAGUCGUGCAGAAGAAGUGGGACACCCUGCCUCCUCCCGGUGACAAGAAGGGAAAGAAAGGAGGAAAGAAAAGUGCAAGGAAGAAGUCAUCAAGACCCGUAUCAGCCCCAGGGGUCACUGAUAUAGCUGCUGCCCAGCAUCAGGCUUUCUUAAGACCACUAGAGGACACGAUACACCAGCGGAAGGGUUCCAUCCUUCGAGCGGCGUCGGCUCUGGCUGGAGGUAUAGACGAGAAGGAGGAUAUCACUUACACCCCGCUGAAGGCGUGGACAAAACAACCGACCACCGAUGAGUUGAUCCAAGAGAGACAAGUCAAGCGGGAACGCUUUGGCUGGGAGGUGGACUUUGACGAUUUCGAAAUGCCGUUUAAAAAGAAUGUUACCAAAAAACUGGAAAUGUUUAAUGCUUUAGAAGAAGAAUAAUGGUAGUGUUACGAUAACAGUUCUGUUGUGUAAAAAAUAUUAUGAAUACUAACCAUGUUAAUUAAUGAAGGUUGCUUACUGAUGAAUAUAUUUUGAUGAAUAUAUAUAUAUAAAUAAAUAUAUUUCUGGUAUAGCGAUUGUUAAUUUUUGUUUUAACUUCAUGGGGUUUUUUUCAUGUUUUUUCUAUGUUUAAUAAUUUUUGAUAUGCUGAAUUUUGUCAUCAUGUUUAUCAUUACUUAUUUCUUUGAUGUUUUUGUUUUGCUAUACAUUUGUAAUAUUUAUAUCCUUUAUAUGUUAUUUUGAAAUAUGUUAAUACAUGUAUAUUUUAAUAUUAAAGACAACCAUCUCUUACAAGUUUUACAUUGUUUGUAAUUUCAAAUUAUUUUUAUACAUAAAUACAUGUUGACAUAUAAGAUUUAAAAAUUUAACCAGUAGUUUGAUCUUUUAUGAUCACAUACUACUACUUCUUAGAUCAUGUUUUAAAAUAUUUUAUCACAUACAUGUAUAUUAAGUCUUGUGGAAGAAUAGGAGCUAUAAGUUUGUUUCCAACCUUCAGGUUCCUUAAGGCAUUGGGAUUGUGAAUGUAAGGUGAUAUACUUAUUAAUAUACAGUGAAUCCCUUCUAAACCGGACAUUUUAAUUGGUCCCAUGGAUGUCCGGUUUCAGAGGUGUCCAGUUUUCAGGGGUCUGAAUUUAUGUAACUACCUUUUGUUUUCCAUUUUCAAAACUUUUAAUUAUUUUAAGUUUAUCAUCAAGUGAUAGUUCAACACGGCAACAUUUAGCUGGACAUUGCGUCAUGUUGAAAAGCCAUGCAAAGCCAACUUCACUUUUACUUACUCUUUAUUUCGCUAAAUAAAUGUUUUAAAUGAACAACAAAUUUACACAAUAGGAAGAUAUUAAAUUCUGCGAUCAAUCAGGGACCAGACCUUACUUAGGGAGGGUGGGUGUUCAUUGCUGCUAACGAAGUGUUACAAUGACAUGAAAUAAUAAUAAAAUAAGAACAAUAACAUCAUUUUGAUCUGAAGUUAGUAAUAUUUUUGAAAAUUAUUUAUAAUAACAUUUAAAUAUAAUGGAAGGCGCACAAUUAAUAUACUAAUGAAAACACCACACAUAAGGCCAAGUGACCGCAUAUUGGACGAGUGUUUGGAAUUUUGUCAUCGUGAUAGCGUACAUCUAUUGUCCGAGUUAUCACGAAAAUUAACCAAUGGCUAAAAGGCUUAUAUGACAGUUGUAUUAGAAUGUUGUUUAGAUCCCAGGUCAGUGAAACUUGAUUUAUAGUUGCAGCUAUGGAUGUUCAUCAUAGUGUACCGUAAUUGUUUAUGGUAGGCGAGAUAUUUAAUUCCACAGAAUUCUUGUUUGCACUAGGUAUUAUGGUUGUGCACUCACAGGACGACUUGAUACUAAUUAUUCAAGUGCCUGCAGUUUUGCUAUUUCAUGUUCUAUGAUAACAAAACUUGUCAAACCUUUCAAGCUUUAUUCUGUAGUGUUGUAUUUUACUCAGUAUAUUUGUAUGUAUUCAUUAAAAUGGGGAUGGCAGGGUUUCUAGAUUAUUGUAGCUCCACUCCCAUGGCUAGUGAUAUUCAAUGGUGGGCUAGUAAAUAACUACUAUUGCUAUUCCCAAUGGGUCAAAUAUUGCAGUUAAGUCUUAUUUUGUAAAUAUGAAUAUCCUGCCCCCACACCAAUCCCCCAAUGUUAGUGGGUUAUUUUUAGCUCUAUCUUCCUCUUUAGAUAACAUAUCUGAUUAUUACUAUUAUUUAGUAAAAUUGUAUUAACUUAAAGUCAAUUUUUAAUCUUGGCUAGUAAAUUAUUUUAAUCACUGAUCCCAUGGCUAGUGGAUUUUAUAAAAAUUCUAGAAGCCCUGGGAUGGGCUGAACAUUGUUAUCUUCUGUGUUAAUUUUCUUAAUGCUACUUGAAACUUAGGCCUAGAUCACAUUAGACAGCGUGACUGGAGUGUCACAUCAUGAGCCACAACCCAUUCACAUACGACAGCCUUCAUAUGCGCCCGAACAUGUUUGGUCGUGUCAAAUGCCGUUGGGUCGACUAAACGUCGGUUGCAGGCAACUGGUUUUUCAAUACGCACUACAUGACAUGACUUUACAGUUAAGUCAAAAAGUGUUCCAUGGGGCUGUGGAGGUUUUAGAUUGGAUUUUCCUUUAAACUAGAUUAUAUCCAUCUUCCUGGACUUUUCUGCUGUUUUCUUCCUUAGUUUUUGCUAAAACUCACACCUGUCCACAAGUUAAUGGUCACCAUUGUUUUUUUGGUGUUAUGUGUACUAUCUGUGAGUGUCCGAGCAUGUUUAUACACUGAUGGGUCAUGAACACUGCACCUCUGUGCUUUAAUGCAUCACGUGGUGUCGGCAUUAUAGUUUUCAAACAUUGUUUUUAUUUCCCUGCAUACAACCAUGGGCGUACGACCCGGGGGGGCAGGGGGGGGGAAUUUGCCCCACCCAAAUUCGGGCAGUUUUUAUCAGGUAAAUCAAAAGAGCCCCCAUACGCCCAUGCAUACAACCAACAAAAAUUGGCCGUGUGUGUAAAUAAAACCAGUUGUAAAACAUUGUUGGUUUCACAGCCUAGUAUUGGUUCCCACCUAAAGUGAGUUUUAAUGGCUCUGUUGGGAGGUAUAAUACUGCUACACCAACUUUACUCUCACUUACCUCCCCUGGAUGUAUCCCCAUCAUUGGAUGAAUUGAGCUAUUUCUUCUUCCAGUCAGUGCUCCACAACUGGUAUAACAAAGGUUGUGGUAUGUACCAUCCUGUCUGUUGGAUGUUGGAUACAAAAGAUCCUUUGCUGCUAAUCAAAACGUAACCCAUGGAGUGGCAACAGCCGGUUUCUCUCUCAUCAUCUAUGUGAUUAUUAAGCAUAUGUCAAUGCUAUAUAACUAUAUAUAAAAAUGUCUUGAGUGUGUCAUUGAAUAAAACAGUUCUUUCGUUUGUGGAUAGAGCCAAGACAGCUGAAGUGUGGUCAGAACAGCAUGCCUCUGUUUUUAUUGGUUGUAAGCAAAAACCAAGUUUAAAUGAAAUGAAGUGAAGAUGUGUUCAGAUAGUAGUCAGAAAUGUGCUUUACAAUCAUUUACCAAUAAUAUGGAAAAAGAGCUUCUUAAAACUGGUUUGUUUAUUGUAGGUCAGUUUGAGAGACUAAUCACAUUUCUCCAAACAAUCGAGUGGACAGUUAAUCAAGGUAGAUACACAAAGGGUUGAGGUUUGCUGGGUUUUCAAGGAGAUUCCAAGAAAAUUGGAAAUAGCUUUAUGAACUUGCCAAACAAUCAUUAAAUAUCUGUUUUUAAGAUACAUGGAAAUUAAUAUUGUAUAUAUCAUAUCAAUUCAAAAUGUUAUUUGUUAUCUUUGUGUGAAGUAUACAUACUGAUUCAGUAUUUCAGUAUUAUUAAAUAUGUACAAAGUA